AUGGCUUCAUUCAAGGAAUUGUCCCUGUCGCGUCCCCUCCCCUCCCCAGCCCAGCGACAACAUGCUCAUUCGAUAUCGCUGGGUGCUGUCAAUGCCAACCACCGAGUGACUCGCCGCAAGAGUGUCACCACGGCCGCCGCCAAUGCCGCCGCCGCGGUUGCAGCCUCGCUCAAAGACGGCGAGUCCGCGUCCCUCCCCACGGCGGCGGCGGUGCACCGCCGCAGCUUAGGAGGCCGCAAGGGACUCGAAUCCACCUCGGUAGGAGGUGGCUCGGGCUUCAGCUCUUAUCUGUCUCGUAGCAUCAACAGUCCCAGUGUGGAACCCGCGGUCGCUCGCAAGCCUUCGCCCAGCAACUCAGAUGCGGAUGGCAAACUGAACCCCAAGGGCCGCAACCGCCGAGCUAGCGAAGGCGCUCAGUCAAAGACCGAUGGGAAGCGUGUCCCUGCCGACCUCCGCUGCGACCGAUGCGGGAAAGGCUAUAAGCAUGGCAGUUGCUUGUCCAAGCAUAUGUGGGAACAUGACCCGGCGUGGGCCAUUACCUCGAAACUGCUUAUUUCGAAGCACCAGCAGGUGCAGCUCUUGGAGGCUGCCACUGUGCUGGUCACCAUGAACCAGGACGAUAUUCCGGAACAGUCCCCAGAGGCCGAGUCUGAAGUCUCGUCCGCCUCGCCGGAUGGCUCAUCGGAUGUACGCGAUGGCACCAGCUCUGCUGGGACCACUCCGCCCCCGAUGGAUGAGCAGGAGGAAGACGACGACUUUGAGAUGUCCGGAAUGCCUGCCAACUGGACCAAGCGGCCCAGCAUCAGCAAUGUCUCCGCCUUCUCCCGCUCCUACCAGUCCAUCCCCUCCAGCUCGUACAACGGCAGCGCUCCGCUGCACUCUCCGGCUUUCUCCCACUUCCGCCAUCCGAGCAUCGAUACUCGUCCGUCCACCGCCGACACCAGGCUGCACGAGGAAGAAGAGGCCGAUCUGGCGGCUGCUAUCGGACUCUGCAAUUUUGGCACUCCUCGGACGGGGCCGGUCUCGAUGACAUCCGAUGUGCCCCCUGUGCCUCCUUUGCCGGCGCGCUAUCUCGACUCCGGCAGCCACCCGGGCAACUUGAGCCCCGGGUUAAGCCAGCCUGGCCCGAUGAACGAGGCCUACCGCCGGAACUCCAAUGCCGAUGCUUUCCUCCCAUCCUCCCUCAACCCAUCCCUGUCCUACAAGGUGUCGGAUGAGCGUGGUGCUCGUCCCAGCGUCGAUGCCACCGCCCAGGAGUCCCGUCACCGUCGCAAUGCCGAUGUGGACUUUGGCAGCCGCCCGGCCCCUGCAGACGACGAUGAUGACGGAGUCUUUGGUCGUAUGGAGGAAUAA